UAAGGUUCACGAACGCCUCUGACAUGACAACCGUGUGUGUGCGUGCGUGCGUGCGUGUGCCAUGUGUGCCUUCACUGUCUCUCCACUCAUCCGAAACACUGCAUCACUGUACUGGAUGCAUUUCCAAAAAGUUGCUAUCAGAUCUCAGCAUGUAUCGGCUGUUUCCUCGCCAUCCCUCCGUCACGACUUUCAUCCCUCUCUCCGUCUCUUCUGCCCUCAUGCAGAGGAGAAGGAGAAUAAAAGCUUGUUGCCUCGUUUAUAAAAAGGCGGAAACAGAAUCAAAGAUGGUGAUGUCGUUGUCUGAUCUUUUUUUUUUAUUUUUUUUUAACCGCCUGCUGGUUCCCGGCAGCGUCGAGGCAAAGUCAGGUCAGGCAGCGGUGACUGAACGCCUUCAAGCUGUCCAACUCUCAUCGCUCCAUUCAAUCUUUAUGAAGAAGAACCUCAAAUACAGACUUCCUCCUCAGCAUCAUCUUCUUCCUUUUUCCCUCCCUAUCACGCUCUUUCCUCCUCUUCAUUUCCUCCUUUUUCCUCAGCCCAUACUUCUUCCUCCUCUUCUACCCGGUCUCAUUUUCUUCCUUCCCUUUUUCCUCCUGUUCUCCCCUCCUUUCUUUUUUUUAUCCUUCUCCUUUCCUUUGCUUCCCCUCUUUUUCCUUCUCCCCUUCACGUUCCUUCUUCCUCAUCACUUCCUCCCUCUCCUUUUUCCUCCACUUACUUUUCCUACUGUUCUUCCUCCUCUCUUCCCCAGUCUCAUUUUCGUCCUUCUCCAUUUUCUCAUUUUCCUCCUGUUUUCUCUCCUUCCUUUUCAUUGUCCUCGUCUCCUUUGCUUCUUCCCCUCUUCUUCUUCUUCUUCAUCCUCCCUCUUCUCUCACAACUCAUUUCCUCUUUUCCCUUUGCGUCUCCCCUCAGCCUUCUUCCUCCUUUGCAUCCUCCUGAAUCUCAUGGUGUUCUUCCUCCUCUUCUUCGUCUUCCGUCUCCUUCCUUUCUCCUUAUUCCCCCCCCCCUCCAUCUUCCAGCACAGCUCAGGGUUUAGCGGGUUAAGUCGGGGAUUUACUCUUGUUAAUCUAGAGGUUUGAGCUAUGUUAUGUUUUUAGAUAGAUGAUGUACGCAGAUAAGAACACACACACACACACACACACACACUCGCACACACACACUCACACAGAAGAACACAAAGUCUGAACACUAAGGUUAGAGGAGAGGAACUAAUCCACGCAGAUCCUACGGGAUUUCCUGAAGUACGUGUAAGUUUAAAUAUAUAUUUGUGUGUGUGUGUGUGUGUGUGUGUGUGUGUGUGUGUGUGUGUGUGUGUGUUGAGGUUUUUGGAUCCUUAAAUAGCCCCCGUUGACUUAAGCAAAUAGAAACUGAAGGAAACAGGGACGAGAGAAAUAUUUAACUCCAAUCUCUUAAUAUCUAUUCUUUUUUUUUGCAUCUUCACAGUGGUUUCUUCUAAAGUCCAAAGGUUGGGUGGGAUCACGUGUUCGGUUAGUUUGCUUUUUGGUCCGCACCAGAGUGGAAAAGUUGACUUUGUCCCGUUUGGUUCGUUUUGGGUUCACGCCGGCCAAUUACGAGCCAACCAGGCCUUGUAAACAAAAAGUCGCACAGACUGACAAGCACCUCAUUCACUGGACCGGGUUUUUCGUCGUCCUGCCAGGUCAGAGAGGGAUUAACUCCAGCUCUGCUACCCUCAGCAUAAAUCACACUAAUUAACCUUUGAAAAUCGCUUAACAACACAUCAGUCCAGACUUUUGCUCCAGUUUUAAUCCAGUUUGUUCUGCUCGCCUUUCCAAACACGAGGGACUUGCUCUCUAUCAGAUGUUAACAAAUUUGUCUCCGUGUACCCGUAAACUCGGGCAGUGUGAGAUGUUGCCUUCCGAGUUUCGAUCCCGUUGUUGCUCCUAAGAAACCACUGUGCAUUUUGCUUGGAGGCGGCGUAGUGUCAGAGACCCGUUAACGCUGACGUAGUUCAGAUGGCUUCGUUCACACACACGUAAUGAAAAGACCGAAUGCUUCUAAGAAUGUCA